UCUAUUAGUGUGUAUAUUUAUUUGACUGUGUGAUUUCGCGCGCUUUUGUGUCGCCUGCUUUAACUGUUUAUCUUGGCCACUGCCUUAGCCCUGGCUCAAACAAAGGCGGCAGCCAACACAAAAGGACCGUCCAGAAUUCGAGUUGCGUGUUAUUUGCGGGCAUAUUGAUCAACUGCUAGCAAUUAAAUUCAAUUGCUGCUUAAAUUAGGCAUUUUAUGGCCGCCAGACAACAAAAGCUCACCACGAUUUAAGCCAAAUAGCGUCGCCGGCUCAUAAACAUCAACAUAAGCGGAUCACAAGCUAAGCCAAUUCAAGGACUUCUGCUUGGGUCACAGCCAGCUUGACCGGAAGUUGCAUUAUAAGCACACGUCAAACGGAACAAAGCAACAACAAGCAACAAGAUGGCGGGCGGCGGCAGGACAGCCGGCAAAUACGGAUAUUCAGACAACAAUUAUUACAGUAGUCACUCGUACAAGAGCAUCAACGACGAAAUCAUACUGGUCAGCAUUAUAAUGGGCAUUACGAUAAUCGUUCUGAUCACGAUUGCCCUGUGCUACAUUGCGUAUGAGAAAUGCCACAAGAAGCGUGAAUAUUUUAUCAACGCCUAACGGGUGCACAUCGCAAAACAAACAAAAAACAUAUAA